AUGAAGUUGACUCCCAUAAAGGUCAGAGGCAAACGUGGCAAAGCCGCCACUUCCAAAGCAACAUCGACCCAGAAACCGCCGCAAAAAAGACCUUCACGGCUUGCGGCACGUUUGGCUACUAAGCGCAGAUCUCUGAUAGAGCUUAAUCUGCCACUCGAAAUCCUUGAACGCAUAUUCAUCUUCAGCGAGAACUUGAACUUCCCCCGCGCUAGCCCCUAUCUUGGUCGCAUGCUCUCUGGCCGUUCGACACUAGUCAACCUGAUUAUUGCCGCUUUUCAUGCUACCUGGGACUGUUGGUUUGGUGUCGACAAACGUACGAUCAAAACGGUUCUGAAGCGCAGCACAACAAAUGAGUCGAGGUCACUCAGUCAACUGGAAAACUUCCCUGAACUCUUCCCAGGGGACCCUGAGCUUCAAUCAGCUGUACUAGCUAGCCCUUGGAUCAACGUGGAUAUCAUUUUCCAGGCCCGGCAGAUAUGGGCCUGGCGUUUCGCUCGUGAUAGAUGGUACUCACAUACUCAUGCCAGUUUGAAAGACGAGGAACCAGACGACAACAAACCGUUGGAUUCUCCUCACGACCGUAGUGGCGGGUUUGGUCAUUUCGACUCAAAAGACUGUUUCGAGUAUGACUGGCUUCUUUACGGUCUCGAUGGCGCCAAACCCCCUCUUGGCUUUUAUGUCGAUGUACACCCCAAAGCCACAAUACCCGAUGAUCUCAUUACUGGGCCUUGGACACCUGAACAGCAAAGACUUCUGUUCUGGCUCCGGAGAGGCGGCGCCAAGAUCCAGUCUGAAACACAAACUUGGGAGACACUCCGAACAGGCUUGCAAAAUGCUGUCACACAUCGAAACCCUGGAAGCCUAGAUGGUCGCCUCAUGCAGACCCUAUUACUGUUGGAUGACUUUUUUCCUUCGCAAACCCUGGACGAGAGACAAUCUCUCUGGCCCGUAGACGUUUUGGAAGAAGAGCAUGCGAAAGUAGAAAACCUUGUCAGCGCGCGGGAACGCAGUAGUGCCGGACCGCUAUAUGAGCUCACUGAGCUUGAAAGACGAAUGUUUAACUACCACCGUCGCGAAGUUGACCUCUUGACAUCGAGGUUAAGUCGGUAUGAUCGUAUGACACCUCACUCAAUGAUGGCCGUUGGACUUAUAACCCGCCCUAGGAACCAUUGA